AUAAAUAAAAUUCACGUAAUCCGAUUCAUCUCUCUCUCUCUCUCCCCACAUAUAGAUACAUAAUAUAGUGAAUUAGUGUUGUCAUCAGCCACUAGUUUUAGUUUGCAUAGACAAAUGGGAUUCUGUGAGCUCUGAAAAUCUUUCAAGGGCAUUAAAAGGAGGGUUUCUUUCACUGCUCUUAUCCCCACAUGAAAGGCUUGCACAGUAAAUUUUGUGAUUAGAUUAUUCGUCGUUUCUGAGAGCCUCUUUGUUGUGCCUGGCUAUAGUUAAGCACGAAAGCCAUCCCUUAGAGACUGGACUACCGAGCAUCUCACAAUCAACUGUCUACAUGCAACCUUGGUGGCGUGGUUUUGGUGACAAUGGUAUGCCUACCUUCGGGCAAGAAACAAACACAAACGGGUCUAUUUCCUUUGAAACAAACGAGUCACAGGGGAAUGCCGAAGGUGGUAACAAAGAAAAAGAAACGAAUUCAACUGCACAAUCUGGUACUUUCGCCAAUUGCAGAUCAAAUGAAAGUAAUAGUCAAGACGAGCAGCACCUCAAACAUGCUUCUUCGAUCCCCGCUGUUAUGAGCGAGCAGCUUGGGGCGAAUUCCCAAAUGGAACUCGUGGGUCAUUCAAUUAUGUUGGCAUCAUACCCGUAUGCAGAUCCGCAAUAUGGGGGAAUGAUUAGCUACUGCUCACCGGUACAAUCUCACCUGUUUGGAGUUCAUCACGCUAGAAUGCCUUUGCCUCUUGAAAUGGAGGAGGAACCUGUCUACGUCAACGCAAAACAAUAUAAUGGGAUUUUAAGGCGAAGGCGGGUUAGAGCUAAAGCGGAACUUGAAAAGAAAGCCAUUAAAGCCAGACGGCCAUAUCUUCAUGAAUCUCGCCAUCAACAUGCACUGAGGAGAGCAAGGGGGUCAGGAGGCCGAUUUCUCAAUACAAAAACGCUAAAUGAUAUGAAUUCGAAAACAGACGAGCAUACGCAAUCUGGUGCAACUGCUACAACAAACUCGGGCCACUCGUCGGGUUCAGAGCAUUUGUCUACGAACAGCGAAGGGCAGUCUGCUGUAAAAGAAAUGCGCAGAGCACACGCUUCCUCUAACGGUGACAGCCAUGGCCAUGGCUUCCCAUCGGUGCAUUUUACAGAGUCAACCGGAAACGAAAAGGGAAGUUUUCUUCGUCAAAACUGGAGCUUGAUGGGAAAUCAGGCUCCUCACGGGGCGCCACCCAGCAAUUGAAAAGUCGUUCCUGUGUAAUGGAGGGGUAAGGACUCUCCACCACCACCACCUCGAGAGUCCUCGUGCAGGGGAAGCUGGUGGGCGACAAUCCAUCCCUUCUUACACGGGAGACGACACUUCCCUGCAGCACUGCUGUGCUCUGGCAAUUCAUUCUUGGCUUGUGUUUACCUACGUGGGCGAGAUGGCUAGAAACGAAUAGACUCGGGCUCUGUAAUGGUCAGCCAUCUGUUUCUAUUGCAUCUUCCCACUCUUGUAGAUAUGCUGAUAUAUAAUUAUAGACUGAGAACUUGUAGUGUGAUUAUUGUGGUUGGCUUACCAGAAAAAAAAGAUACUGGUGUUGAACUUGUAGACAGCAACUUGUGGUGUUUUGAGAUGUUCUUGUGAAUCUUGUUUGCCAACUCAUGUAUAGUGUUUUGAUUUUUGAUUUC